UGGAACGCUUCUUCAACAACUGCAGCCACCUCGGUUGCUCGCUAGCCAACAAAGUCGGAACAUUCAAGUUCUUUAGACAAUUUCGUGGUUUAUUUGCCACUAUGCUUUAAACAUACGUAUGUGUAAACAACUAGCUACCUCAUUUAAUUUAAUAUUUACGUUAUAAGUCUAGCUAGCUGGCUGGUUAAGUUAGCACUAGUCUAGUCGCUAAUGCUAACAAGCUAUUAUCCCCGACCAUGACUUCACUAAGCUACUCUCCUCCUGUUAAAGAAGAGGAUGUCUGCUGGACGGAGAAGGAAGCUCUCGUCAAGGAGGAGGAGGAAGAGAAGGAUGUUACAAUACAAAAACAAGUAGAGGGUGAGGCUGUUACAGUGAAAGAAGAAGUGAAAGCCGUUACAGUCAAAGAAGAGGAAGACUCGUUCAGAGUGAAAGAGGAGGAGGAUGUUACAGUAAAAGAAGAGGAGGAAGAGAAAGAGGAGGAUGUUACAGUAAAAGAAGAGGAGGAAGAGAAUGACGCCUUCAGAGUGAAAGAAGAGGAGGAAGACGCCGUUUUGGGAGUGGAGGAUGAAGAGGGGGAGAUUACUGUCACAUUGGAGGAGGACGAAGAAGAGAAGACUGGAGAACUGAUUAACACCAGUAAAUACAGAGAGAGACAUGACUAUCGUGGAUCCUCUGGGGAGCCUCAACAACAUCAUGAAGCUGACGAGGCAGAGAAGACUCUCUCCCGAUCAGAAUUUCUCAAGAAACACCAGCAGAAACCCACAGGGAAGAAAUCUAUCUACUGCUCUGACUGUGGGAAACAUUGCAAAUCUUCAUCAAAACUUAAAAUACACCAGCGAGUACACACAGGAGAGAAACCUUAUAGUUGUGAUCAGUGUGGCAAGAGUUUUACUAAGUCAAACAACCUGGUAUCACACCAGAGAACACACACAGGAGAGCAGCCAUAUAGCUGUAAGCAAUGUGGGAGGAGUUUUUCUCAGUCAAACAGCCUGGAUAGACACCAAAGAACACACACAGGAGAGAAGCCUUAUAGCUGUGAUCAAUGUGGGAAGAGUUUUACUCGGUCAAGCUCCCUGAAAUUACACCAGAAACUACACACAAGAGAGCAGUCAUAUAGCUGAGAGCAAUGUGACAAGAGAUACUCUCAUUCAAGUGGUCUGAUUAAACAUCAGAAAAUACAUGCAGGAGAUCCACAGUGUGGAAUAAUCUCCAACACCAGACCUGGGUAGUAGAACACAGAGUGUGGAAUUAUCUCCAACACCAGACCUGGGUAGUAGAACACAGAGUGUAGAAUGACCAACACCAGACCUAUAUACAUCAAAUCACAUUUUAUUUGUCACAUACACUUGUUUAGCAGAUGUUAUUGCGGGUGUAGCAAAAUGCUUGUGUUUCUAGCUCCAACAGUCCAGUAAUAUCUAACAAUACACACAAUCUAAAGAAUGGAAUUAAGAAUAUAUAAAUAUUUGGACGAGUGAUGUCAGAGCGGCAUAGACUAAGAUACAGUAGAAUAGGAUAGAAUACAGUAUGUACAUAUGAGAUGAGUAAUGCAUAGACUAAGAUACAGUAGAAUAGGAUAGAAUACAGUAUAUACAUAUGAGAUGAGUAAUGCCAGAUGUGUAAACCUUAUUAAAGUGACUAGUGUUCCAUUCCUUAAA